AUGAACGUGGCAAAAGGUCCCCCCUCGUCUGCCUCGAGCCACGGAACUGUGUCUUUCGGCAACAACUUCACGAAAAGGGUCGACAUUCUCGUGUAUCCAGAGGAGUUCCACCAUUGGCUCGAGCAGAUCCGCGAGUGCGCAGAAGAGGCCGGCCUCCGCGAGCACCUCGACGAUGCCAUCGCACGACCCGCCGACGCCGGCCUCAAGCAGGCUGUCUUCGACAAGGAGCGCGCUCUGCUCAACAGCCUCAUCUUCGACAGCGUCAAGCUCCAGGACGAGGUCGCGAAAACCCUCAACCAGAAUCUAAGCAUCGCCAGCCCUAAAGACGUCGUCGCCGCCGUCAGGCGUUCCCUCGUGCGGCCCGCCUUUUACUACCAGACGCUCAACAAGUUCAUGCAGUUCUGGCAGCUCAACGACGGCGAGGACGAUCCCGUGCUGAGGUUGAGGCUGCUGCAAAAGGAUUGGGAUUACAUUAAGGCGUGCGACAUGGGCACCUCGGACGACGUCUACGUCUCGGUCGUGCAGCACUACCUGGGGCGCACCGUCCAUGGCAACUGCCUCCGCGAUGAACUCCUGGAGAACGAGGCUUACGCCAAACUGAAGGCUGAAGACGUCCGGGAUUGGCUCAAGAAGCGGUUUCAACUAUCUGAGCUCUAA